CCGCCUCUGGCAGCCCAGCCGGGCCGCCCAGGGCCGCAGCAGCGGAGGCAGGAUGGCGCUGAAACGCAUCCAGAAGGAACUAACCGACUUGCAGAGGGAUCCUCCUGUCCAGUGUUCUGCAGGACCUGUGGGUGAUGAUCUGUUCCACUGGCAGGCCACCAUCAUGGGCCCGAAUGACAGUCCUUACCAAGGAGGCAUUUUCUUCCUGUCCAUCCACUUUCCUACGGAUUACCCUUUCAAGCCCCCAAAG